AUGGAUUAAAAGAAAAAAUAAUUUGAAUUCCCAGAAGAUUUUAUAAAGUCUCCUAUAGAAAAUCUUUCUGUUCUUAAGAUAAUUGAAAGCAUAAAUUUAAUUGAUGAGCAGAUAGCUUCAAGUUUUAUUUCUGCUUUAGAGAAACACGCUAAUCUCUCAGCCAUGGAUCUUAAUUUCCAUUAAAAUGAAAAUCAACACAGCUAAGAGGGAUUAAAACGCUUAGGUUCUGUUUUAGCUAAAUGUCCUCUUCUUUCAACUUUGGAAAUCAAUUAUUACGGGGAUAAUAUUGGUAAUAUUGGUGCCUCGUGUUUAAAAUCUUCUUUUGCAAACUGUCCGAACUUGUUAAACUUUACACUAAAAUUAAGUGAGAAUAAAAUUAGUGAUGAAGGUGUUUUAGACUUGAGUUUAGCUUUAACAUAAUUGAAGAAACUCUAAUUUUUAGAACUGUGGCUUAGCAUCAAUUAAAUAAACGAUAAAGGCGCAUAAGAUAUUGGGGAAGCUUUGACUUAAUUACCAAAUCUUUCAACUUUAAAACUCUACCUUCGUUACAAUUAAAUAUGUGACCAAGGUUCAUCAAGUUUAGGGAAAUCUUUAGCAGCUUGCUCUAAACUCAAGAAUUUGGAUUUAUGGGUUAGUGAAAAUUAAAUUGGUUACUAAGGAUUAUCAGCUUUAUGUGGUGCAUUAUCAACAAAAACUAAUCUCUCAAAUUUAGAAUUGCAUUUUAAUGCAAAUUAAAUUGAAUAAGAAGAUCUAAAAAAUUUAACUUAAGAUUUAUCUGCUUUUAUUCACUUGAAAAUUUUGAAUUUUGGCUUCAGUGGCUAACAAUUUACUAUGCAAUCAAAGAAGAAUCUCAAAUAAAAGCUUCUAAAACUCAAGAGAUUAGUGGCAAAAAAUAUUAAUAUUUAUUGA